GUAGAGCACGAUGUAGCCACUUCCAAAGUGCUUGUUACUUUGCCCAGACAGUCCGAUAUGGAAACUCAAUCAUAGGAAGGCCAUGUAUAGCUAGUUGCCCAAAGAAAACUUCAAAUUGGGGUUAUUUGCCAGGGAAACCUAUACCUAUGGGAGAAGAUACACCAUUCGGGAUUCAUGGAACUUUUUGUGUCCAGACCAAUACUCACAAAGAUUGUCCUUAUUUUCAGUGAUCCUCAACUUCUUAUUUAUUUAUUUAAUUAAAUCCAUUCAAAACGAAAAAGUUAUGAGAUAAAUAAAGAAAAUUUUAU